GCUCUUUCCAUGGGGUAUCCUUCCUACUGCAGAUUGGUUUGACAAGAGAGACUGUGAACCUGGAUGGUAAUGACCUGUCACUGUCUGCUGUUAAGGACCUCGUGUGCUCCAUUGUGGACCAGAAGGUUUCUUCUCUGCUGCAGUACCAGAACAUGUGGAGUUGCUGUCCUGUCCCAUGGUUACAUGCAUCUGUGCAUGUAUUGACAGUGACAAGAUAAGUUUUCUCAUUUCUUCAGUCGAACAAGACAACUUCUUGUGUAUGAGCUAUGAAUCAUUUGAGGCAAGCAUGCACACACAGCCUAUCGUUUGCUCUAACUUAAGACAUAGCAUGUUUUCCUUGGUGCAGGCCAAGAAAAUAUUUUCCAUUCACUGGAUUUUGAGUGGAUUUUAGUUCAGUGUAGCUCAACCAGUCAUUGGCUGUAUAGUCAUUAAUCAGCCCUGAUACAAGAAAAUCACAAAUCGCGCAUCAAGGAUCAAUAGAUCCUGGCCCAUGUUUCAUAACCACUGGGUUAAUACUGGCUGAGUGAAUAGGACUUUAAAAUUAGUUUCAACAAGAAGAAGCAGAACAACAACCACUUGAGUGGCGAUUUGACAGUCCCCAGCCUGUAAAAAUGCUUUAUCAAUCCUCUUGGGGACUCAAUAGUUUGGCGGUCAUACAAAAUUUGAUAGUGAAGUACUAUUUUCAUCUAGUCUUUACUCUGCAGAUUUUUUUUUCUUUUAUAAAUAUUAGUAGGCUAUUGAAUAUUUUUGCUUGAUGAAUAAAUCGUGUUACACACCUCAACUUAGGCAGCAUCUCCACUCGUCUGCGGGACAAUCAGAUUUUAGAUGGGACUCACGCAUGACUCGGUGAAAUUAAACACACUCAAGUAGAAAACUUCGGUGUCAGGAUAAGCGAUGAGACAGCAUAGAAUAGGAUGCCAACAUACUCACACUCACAUGGGUUUCACACAAAUAUUGGGUUCUUGACUACCUGGCUAAUUUAUGUACACUUCACCCCUCCCAAUCACUUAUCUCUCAGACCCCCCCCCCCCCCCCCACAUGGUGUCAACCAGAACUACAGCUAGCUAACGAUAGCACCAACAUAUUCAUAGUUAGUUAGAGUAGGUGUUUAAUGUAUUUCUUGUUGUUUGUGCUUCUUCUGUCUCUCGCUCCCACUUUUCUUCUGUUCCGCCAUAACCCCUUCUUGUUCGCUGCUUUCUCCUAAUAAAUGAGGUACGUUGGAUGUGUGUUGGAUGGAUGUAUGUCAUACCCCCAUGUGAUACAUUUAAGCAUGCUUCGGAUCAAUUGGACACUCAGAUCUCCAUUCUCAGUGCCAAGCAGCUGAACAGGACAGGUUUUAAAAAAAAAAAUGUGGCUGAGGAGAGGGAAGUCUGGGCUUCCCUGCUAAAGCUGCUGCCCCGCGACCUGACCCCGGAUUAACCGGUAGAUGAUGGAUGGAUAAAUGGUACUUAAGUAUUUGUCAGUAAUAUCAUGAAAAAGUGUUGAAAUUAGUCAAUUAAAAUGCUAAUCUGAUUCUCGAGUCCUGUGAAUAGGGUGAUGCGUAAAGAUUAAUGUUUCAUAGUGUUUGGUAAUUAUACAGUUGAAUGUGUUGUUUUGUUACGUUGUUUUUUUUUUUAAAUAUUGAUUUACGUUUGUAUUGCACAAACAUUGAGACUUGAAAAGGAACAUUAUCAGUCAAAGAACACAUUUAUCGUUAUCUGGAAAUAGCACCUUUUACCACACGGAUCUUGUGACAUUCUUUAUCCUCAAGCUAAGUAAAUGAACCAUUGCCUUUGAGCUCUAACUGGUUGAAUGUUUCCUUUCGUAACAUCAUUCUAGUUAAUUCCUUAUCAAGACUGUUAAAAGGUUAGGUAGGUUCUAGAGCAGGGUCCGGAUCUAGUGAACCCUGUUCUAGAACAAUGUUAGAUGGAAUUUAAAGAUCGCUGGAUUGUUCCUACAAUUUUGCCUAAGUCCUGUCGAUUUGUCAUGAAACAACACACCAAGGGCCGGAUUUAGCAACAUCCCAAAUAGCAGGGGCUAAAUUGUGUGUACGCUCUUAACAGACUGUGCUGUUAAUGUGCAUUUUACAUGUUUUAAUCAAGCUCGCUGCACAUUUGACUUGGACCAGAGCAUCACAAAUGAAAAUGACUGGCAACUAUGGGGCACCUUAGACCAUACACUGAUCAAUUUGACAAUAUACCCUACGAUGUGAAAUGCGCCAACCUGCCGUGACUUUUGAGACUCCAUGUACAGUAUAUUAUACUGUAUCACUUGUUAAAAAACAUUUUAAAAAUUGUGUCAGUCAAGGAAGGUGUGAGGUUUCCUACACAAAGAGGACGUGGGUUUGAAUAAAGGGAUUGUGCAGACACUUUUAAAAGGAGAGUUUCCUCCCCUUCACAUGAAUAAAUUCUGCAAGUGCCACUAGUGUCCCAGUGUUUUAGGCUAUGUUUAAAAAAUACCUUAUUUCACAUUUGUCUGGAUUUUCCACCUCAUACACACCUUCCUUUUUUACUCUGUUUUCCCAACUCUGUCUCACUUUGCUGCUCAUAAGAGGAUUUAACAUAUCAAUUGUAGAGUUGAUCAUUUAACAAAAGCUUACUACUGCAAAGCUCCUUUACACUUGUCUUUCCAGGCUGACUUGUAGACCUCACACGCAGAUUCACAGCUCGGAGGUCUUUGGUGUGCAUGUGUGGUCACUACCACUCAGUUCCAUUGAUUUCAGUUUGAAGUAGACUAAAGGCAUGCAGAGUCGCUAUGGACUCCAAGGAUGUAUAGAAUGCCAUGUGUUGGUAGGGCUGCAUAAGGGAUAAUAAUGACUACUUGGUUUCCACCUGGUCUUAUUAAAUGCAGGAAGGAAGCAGCAUUGACACGAGAAUGCAUGCAGAUUUUGCUGGUGUAGAAUGGGAUCUGAUGUCUGUGGAAAUUUUUGCAUCGAAUGCGAGUGUGAACGGCUGUCUGAGUUUCAAAGCUGGUAUGUCACUGGAGUGAAAACCUCUGGGACACAGCAGUCACCACAGGAAGGAUGCCCCCUACUCUCUUUGCCCACCAAGUGUUCAAGGUUUAAUGAAAGCGGUACUGACGAUAACCUCAGAGGGUAAUGAGUUCCCAGAGUGUGGCUUCUUUGGCAUGUACGACAAGAUCUUGCUAUUCCGCCAUGACCUGAAUGAUGAAAACAUCCUGCAGAGGUUGACCUCAGCAGAAGACAUCCACGAGGGAGACCUAAUUGAGGUGGUGCUCUCUGCCCAAGCCACAGUUGAAGACUUCCAGAUUCGACCUCAUGCCCUGUAUGUCCACUCCUACAAAGCCCCCACCUUUUGUGACUACUGCGGGGAGAUGCUAUGGGGACUUGUUCGACAGGGGCUUAAAUGUGAAGGAUGUGGGCUAAACUACCACAAGCGCUGCGCUUUUAAGAUUCCAAAUAACUGUACUGGUGUGAGGAAGAGGAGAUUGUCCAAUGUCUCGCUGCCAGGACCGUCGCUCUCUGUUCCCCGACCAGUACCUGCAGAGAAUACAGCAGUUGUCUUGGAUGAGCAGCAGCAGAAGUCUCAUCAAGAAGCAGGGAAGAGAAUCCUGUCCUGGAGUGGCAGGCCUAUCUGGAUGGAGAAGAUGGUUCUAGGUCGGGUUAAGGUGCCUCACACCUUUGCCAUUCACACCUACACUCGACCCACUAUCUGCCAGUACUGCAAGCGUCUGCUUAAGGGAAUCUUUCGACAGGGAAUGCAGUGCAAAGAUUGCAGGUUCAAUUGUCAUAAGCGGUGUGCUUCAAAGGUACCAAGAGACUGUUUGGGUGAAGUUGAUUUUAACGGAGAGCCAGCCAGCCCUGGUCCAGAGUCUGAUAACACUCUGGAUACAAUGGAAGUGGACAGCAGUGAUAUGGAAGGCAGCAGGGGACUGGAUGACUCUGAGGAACUCUCCACUCCUGAGGAGAGAAUGUUCGACAUGGAUUCUCCUUUCUUAGAUCGGGAAAAAGAUGAAGAACCUAUUAAGGCUAUUAGCCCUUCCACAAGCACCAACAUCCCAUUGAUGCGGGUGGUCCAGUCAAUCAAACACACUAAGAGGCGGAGUUCCACUGUGGUGAAGGAGGGCUGGAUGGUUCAUUAUACCAGCAGAGAUAACUUGAGGAAAAGGCACUACUGGCGACUGGACAGCAAAAGUCUAAGUCUUUUUCAGAAUGACACAGGAGCCAAGUUUUACAAAGAAAUCCCUUUGUCUGAGAUUCUCCAGGUAGAACAGUGCAGAGAUUACAAUAAUCUGGCCCAAGGAAGCAACCCACACUGCUUUGAGAUCAUCACAGCCACCAUGGUCUACUAUGUGGGGGAGAACAAUGGCAAUCACUAUCACAGCCCUGUUCUGGCUGCUUCAGGAGUGGGCAUGGAGGUUGCACAAGGUUGGGAGAAGGCCAUCAGACAGGCCCUAAUGCCAGUCACACCUCAGCCUAGUCUGGCAAGUCUUGCAGGCCCAGGCAAAGAUCAUAGAGAGCUGUCCAUCAGCAUAUCUGUGUCCAACUGCCAAAUUCAAGAAAAUGUGGAUAUUGCCUCGGUGUACCAAAUAUUCUCAGAUGAAGUGCUGGGAUCGGGACAAUUUGGCAUUGUGUAUGGAGGUAAACACAGGAAGAGCGGCAGAGAUGUGGCUAUAAAGGUUAUUGACAAGAUGAGAUUCCCUACCAAGCAAGAGAGCCAGCUGAGGAAUGAGGUUGCCAUUUUGCAGAAUCUCCAUCACCCAGGAAUUGUCAACCUGGAAUGCAUGUUUGAGACACCCGAGCGGGUGUUUGUAGUGAUGGAGAAGCUGCAUGGUGACAUGCUGGAAAUGAUCCUGUCUAGUGAGAAGAGCAAACUGCCUGAACGAAUAACGAAGUUUUUAGUUACACAGAUUCUGGUGGCCUUGCGACAUCUGCACUUCAAAAACAUAGUUCACUGCGACUUGAAGCCUGAGAAUGUACUGUUGGCCUCUGCAGAACCUUUUCCCCAGGUAAAGCUGUGUGACUUUGGCUUUGCCCGCAUCAUUGGUGAGAAGUCUUUCCGCCGGUCAGUUGUGGGCACUCCAGCUUACCUGGCUCCAGAGGUCCUGCGUAGUAAAGGCUACAAUCGCUCAUUGGACAUGUGGUCUGUGGGAGUUAUUGUGUACGUUAGCUUGAGCGGGACAUUCCCUUUCAAUGAGGACGAAGACAUCAACGAUCAGAUUCAGAAUGCUGCCUUUAUGUACCCUCCUACACCUUGGAAGGACAUCUCAGCAGAAGCCACAGAUCUGAUCAAUAAUCUCCUCCAAGUGAAGAUGAGGAAGAGGUACAGUGUCGACAAGUGUCUCAGUCAUCCUUGGUUGCAGGAUUAUCAGACAUGGUUGGACCUCAGGGACUUUGAGACGCGACGAGGCGAACGCUACAUCACUCACGAAAGUGAUGACGCACGCUGGGAGGAGUACGCAGAUGAGCACAGUCUUGUUUACCCCAAACAUUUCAUCAUGGCACCCAACCUGGACGACAUGGACGAGGAUCCCUAGUGGCACAAGGGACUUGAACCACAAUUAUUUAGGAAGACCACAGGGAACGUUUUGCUUCAAAUUUUAGGAGCUGUAGGUCAAGCCCCUCCAAUCAACAGUUUGCUGUGGAAACAGGAGGGCUCAUGAUGCAUGGAAAAGCCCAAGUUUGUAGCGUGCUGCACUGCUACAAGUCAAGCUGAGGAUGUGCGCCACAGAAAUUGAGGAGAGAUUGACAUUGUCCUCUUUGCAUCAUACAUACACAUUCCAUGGAUGUAAUGACAAUCAUACCAAGAGAAACUUGAUUGUCUUUUUUUUGACAGUUGUAGUUCAUUUUUAGUAAUAAUAUGGUUGUGUUCUUUGUUUAUAUGAGAAGAGGUUGACGGAGAGAGAUGAAGCUCAUCCCAGAGGUAAAGGGCACUUUUUGCAAGGGAUUUGGUGUCUGAGAAUUUAUCACAUGUACUGUAAAUUCUCAUUUCCAAACAGUUUGUGAGACUGUCCUUUGGCAUGAAACUGGAAGAAUGGUGUGUAUUUUGUAUAUUGCUUUAAUGUAUUUAGUAAUUCUGGUGAUGUUUUGCACUAUAUUGCAUUGAACAUUCCAAUGGAAACUCCAUUUGCUGCUACAGAGGGCACGUCUGGUCUUGGUGCACAGUCAGUGAAAACUAACCGGUUGAGCUCAUGAUGCAUAAUGAGUGCCUGACAUGUUUUUUUCAUCUGAGCUAUGGCCUAAAAAAACUCUUCUGGAGUACUAUGAACCCAUAGGCAUAAUUAGUCAGUACAUGCAAUUUGACACAAAUGGACUUUUUUUUACUUCAGUGUUAGUCUCAAACCAGCAAUGUGAGCUUUGUGUUCAUUUUUACUAUUUUAAACCCUGUAAGCAUCCAUUUAUGGGAUAUGUGAUUUUUUUUUUAAUGCUCUGUAAACUGCAGAGAGCAGCGGUGCCACAUGGAACAAAACUAUCCAUUGUGUGUAUGAUGCUGAUGUCUGAAUUAGUCAUUUUAGUACAGUAUGUUCACAAUGGCAGAUUAGUGUACAGCAGUUUUGUAGUUGAAUCUGGUCUUGUGAUCUGGGAGUACAUUUUCAACUGUUGCCGCUGGAUUGGCAGAUUUUUAUUUUUAAUUUCUAUGCAUACAAUUGAAAUUAAAGACAACACUUUCUAACGGAGAAGUAAAUCCAUACAGUUUUAAACUUCUCAUUGCUGUGUGUCUAAUCUUAGUUGAAGAAAUAUGUGCUGACCCCAACAUAAACAGCUCGAGCUUGCUCUCUGGUUGUUGUACUGUUUUAAAAUUGUAUCAUAGUGAGGGACUUGCCCCCCCCCCCCCCUUCUCUUUCCAUGUCACAGGUUUCUGAACAGAUGGAUGUGAUUCUGGGACAGUCACCGCAAGGGAAUAAUGACAUGGUGAAAGAGUGACUGCAAUGUGGGAGAUUGUGGGGUCUUUGAAAUUGUACAUGAUAAAUGUUAUCAUGGGACCCCUUAAGUAUCAAAUGUGUAUCCAACUGCAGCAGUAAGAAAUUACAGAGAUUUGGACAGUUGUGAUUAAUCUAACUCCCCCCCCCAUUCCUCCUCUGAUGGUUUCUGCAAUGACCACUAAAUGCAGCAAGCCCAACUCGUAAUAACCACUGUGGAGAAGUUGAGAGAAAAACGUUUUUUCUCUCGAGUGGCUAUCCAAUACUGUCCGCCUUUAUCUGCUCACUUGAAUUCUUUCAAGAUGUGAACUUUUCUGGCCAAAAUGACCCCAUUAACCUUUGUGACGAAAACUGCUUCUCCACUAGAGAGACUCACAAAAUACUCAGAAAAUUCUGUGUAAUGUCUCCCCCUCUGGUUGGACAGAUGCAUUACUGACUUUUGUUAAAACUGAUAAUCACAGGGCUGUUAAUUGCAAUUCAUAAAAAGACGCUAAUGUGAAAUUUUAUAAACGGCCAAUCUACAAAUCUUUUUCAUAUUACAGUAGUAUUUCCAUCUAUUGAUAUAUUUUCUGUAGUGCUUGUCCUCAGCAUGAAGUGGGGUGAGGUGAACCCCACGGCAAAAUGUCUAUUUAAUCCGUAGCACAUUAAUGAUGCAAACUAAAAAGACUCAUUUUCUACGAUACCCGAUUCCUUUCUAGCUUAAAUAAAUAAAUUAUGUUUUUUCCCCCCUCCCUA